UGGAUAUCAACUAUAUCUGAUGAGAUUGUUUUUCCAACAACAACAAAAAAUGCCAACAAACAAAUGAAAAAUGGUUUUAGUCAAUUCCUAUUUUAGCCCAAAAUGAAACUAUCAGGAAGACAUUGAACAAUAUUAGGGCUCUUCAAUAACAUGAAUUGUUUUUAGUACAAUAAUUUAUUAUAUUAAAAGGAAUUAAUUAAUUAACUUAUUUUAUUAACCAAUCAGAUAUUUAUUGUAGUUCACUCUUAAAAAUGAUUGGUUAAUUUACUUUUUAUCAUUAAAUAUUUAAUGUUAAAUCACUUGAUUUAAUGUUACUUACAAAAUAUUGUGCAUUGCAAGAACCUUCAAUAAUCCAAUCUAUAUAAUGACUUAUCAUUGGUUGAUUAGUAUACAAAUCUCAUUGUUAUUUGUUAACUGCUUAUGCAAUGGAUCAGAAUGGUCUUAUUCAAAUGUAUUAACUGGACCGGAAACAUGGAAUCACCACUACAGAAAUAUGUGUUCGGGUUAUUAUCAAUCACCAAUUGAUUUGAAAUCAGAUAUAUCUAUACUUGAUUUACGAUUAAAAACUGUGGUAAUUUAUCGAAACACAUCAGUUGCUGAGACCACUACAAUUACAAAUAAUGGUCACUCAGCUGAUGUUACAUUUUCACAAAACACUUGGUUUAUAUCAUUUGAUGGCUUACGUGACUUUAAAUAUGAAAUUGCAAAAAUGCAUUUUCACUGGGGUAAUACUGAUGAUCGUGGAUCUGAGCAUACUAUUGAUGGAAUUAGAUUUCCUUUAGAAGGACAUAUUGUAUCAUUUCGAAGAGAGAUGUAUUCUUCACUCAAUGAAGCUAUCGGUCGACCAGGUGGACUUGCUGUUCUUGGUAUCAUGCAUAAUAUUGUUGAAUCAAUAAAAUCUGACCAAACAGUGUUCAAGGCAUAUAACAAUUUUUCUGGUGUAUUGAACUCACAAUUCGCUCCUCCAAAUGCUUUGACAGUUGAUAAUAUGAAUUUAUCGCUAAUUCUAAGCUUCUUGAAUCCUAGUCAUUAUUUUCGCUAUUUUGGUUCACUGACAACUCCACCAUGCACAGAAAAUGUUCUUUGGACUGUUUUUAUGGAUCCAGUGCCAAUUACACGUGAACAGGUUAAUCUAUUUCGUAGUUUACCUUAUGGUCCAAAUGAAAAACAAACUACUAUGGGUGAUAAUUUUCGUCCUAUUCAACCAUUAAAUCCACCCGAUACACUUGCACCACGUUCUCUGUAUCGAGCUACAGCAUCAAGUCUUUCAUUAUUAUCUUUACCAGGUUUAUUAUGUAUCAUGUUGACCAGUCAACUUACUGUGAUAUUUUCUUAAUUCAUUUAAUUCAAAACUAUUUAUGUCUGAGAUAUUUAGCUUCUUCUAGACCCAAAUUAUUGCGCUUUCAUUCUUUGAAUUAAAAACAAAAAGAGGAUACUUACCCAUACUACUUUAUAGAGUAAAUUUUCUUGUUUUAUUUUUCUUCUUUGUUUUUUUUCUUCUAAAUUUCUCAUAUUUUGUAAAUAACUUAGUUGGUCAUAUUCCAAAACAUUUUGAAGACGUGUUAUAUUUGGCUUGAUUUCACAUCAUAAUGUUUAUUUUAUUAGAUUAAUAUGAUUAUGCCAUAUAUGUAUCUGUAAGAGUUCCUUGGUCAAUAGCCUCAUUAGUUACUGUCCACUACUUCUAGCUCUUAAUUAGUUGGUUAAUAUUUUCCUUUACAAGAUUCAAGAUGAAGUGGAAAAAAAUAUUAUGUAUUCAUGAUUCAUUCAUUGUAGUUAAUUAUCAAUGAAUAAUAAAAAAGAAAUGACAUUUCAUCUAAUGACUUUAUUUUGUUGAGAUUUUGUAAUUCUCUUUUAUUUUUACCUGAAAUCUGGUUACGAAGCAUAUUGUAAGCCAAUACAAUAGGUAGGAGGAAAGUAUAUUUAUUGUAAAAAGUUACAAUUUAUUUACACAAUAAUUAUACAUAGCCAUCAUUCGUCCAUUGGGAUCUUUCGGUAUGUUCUGGAAUCUCAAAUGUUUUCUCGAGUGGUCUCGAAUUAUCUGACAAUAUUUGGCUUUCAAUGCACUGAAACAUUUCACUUUGAUGUCAUGUUCCGCUACACACUACUUGAUAUCAAUCUUGUGAGUAGCGUUCACUACAACACAAUUAAAGAUAUAAAAUGCAACAAAUUUACUGAGAUCGUAUAGAGUAACAAUUCUCUAAAUGAAGAUCAUAUUUUUUACGAGUAUGAAGAACUGUACUGUUAUAAUUUUAGUCUUCUUACUGGUAGUGUAUACAUAAGGCCUAAAAUCGAACUUACUCGAGAAC